UGGGUGGGCCAGGGGGCGGGUGGGAGCUUGCUGCUGACAGAAAAGUAGGACGAGUCGUCCUAGCCGGGCCGCCUCAGCCCCAAAACUCAGGCUUGGCAACUGUCCCUUCGAGAGCGCUGGAGGCCGAGCCCGGAGUGCAAGUUUAAGGUUCCCAAGAGGGCGAAAGGUCAGGAGCCGAGGUCCCCAGGCUCCGCCCGCGGAGCGGCCAGCCCGCCUCGACCCGGGUUAAAACUCCUGGGGAGUCUUCGCUGCUCCCACUUUCGCUUCUUGCCCCACGCUCCCACUCGGAGUCUCAGCGAUCCCGCCUUGUUGGGGGAGAGGGGCUGGAUGUCCGAGGCCGCCGGUUCCCGCGAACUUGAGCGCGGCUGCUGAGCCCCGGCGCCGGCGGAGGGCUGGAGUUCGUCUCCCGCAGCCUCGAGGCGGAGGGCGGCCGAGGGCUACGAGCAUGAUCACUGGUGUCUUCGGCGUGCGUGCGUGGGCCCGGGUGGGCGUCCUGACCUCGCUGGCCUACUGCCUCCACCAGCGGCGGGUCGCCCUGGCCAAGCUGCAAGGGGGUGACGGUCACCAUCCGGUCGACCGCAGCCUGCUGCAGCUGAAGAUGGUGCAGGUGGUGUAUCGACACGGAGCGCGGAGUCCUCUCAAGCCGCUCCCGCGGGAGGAGCAGCAGGUGGAGUGGAGCCCUCAGCUAUUAGAGGUUCCGCCCCAAACUCAGUUUGAUUACACAGUCACCAAUCUAGCCGGCGGCCCGAAACCACAUUCUCCUUACGACUGUCAAUACCGUGAGACAACCCUGAAGGGGGGCAUGUUUGCUGGGCAGCUGACCAAGGUGGGCAUGCAGCAGAUGUAUGCCCUGGGAGAGAGACUGAGGAAGAACUAUGUGGAGGACACCCCCUUUCUCUCACCAACUUUUAACCCACAGGAAGUCUUUGUACGUUCCACCAACAUGUAUCGGAAUCUGGAGUCUACCCGUUGUUUGCUGGCUGGACUUUUCCAACGUCAGAAAGAAGGACCUAUCAUCAUCCACACUGAUGAGGCAAGCUCUGAAGUCUUAUACCCCAACUACCAAAACUGCUGGAGACUGAGGCACAGAAUCAGAGGCCGUAGACAAGCUGCCUCCUUGCAGCCAGGUAUCUCAGAGGAUUUGAAAAAGGUGAAGGAAGGGAUGGGCAGUGACAGUAGUGAUGAAGUGGACUUCCUUACCCUCCUGGACAAUGUGGCUGCUGAGCAGGUGCACAGUCUCCCCAGCUGCCCCACGUUGAAGAGAUUUGCACGGAUGAUUGAACAGAGAGCUGUGGACACAGCCUUGUACAUCAUGCAAAGAGAAGACAGGGAAAGUCUUCAGAUGGCAGUAGGCCCAUUCCUUCACCUCCUGGAGAGCAAUCUGCUGAAAGCUGUGGAUCCUGCCACUCCCCCCAACAAACUCAGAAAGCUAUACCUCUAUGCGGCUCACGACGUGACCCUCAUGCCUCUCUUACUGACGCUGGGGAUUUUUGACCACAAAUGGCCCCCAUUCGCUGUCGACCUGACCAUGGAGCUCUACCAACACCAAGAGUCCAAGGAGUGGUUUGUGCAGCUCUAUUACCAUGGGGAGGAGCAGGUGCCAACAGGCUGCCCUGACGGGCUCUGCCCGCUGGACCAGUUCCUGAACAUCAUGUCGGCUUACACCUUGAGCCCAGAGAAAUACCACACACUCUGCUCCCAAGCGCAGGCGAUGGAACUUGGAAAUGGAGAGUGACUAAUAUAUACGCACAAGCAGGACGUGCUGGUUUUUAAAUAAAAUGCCUUCAUAUGA